GCCGGUGUCGCCAUGUCGGAGCCACGACCUUUGCUGCGAAUUCUGUGCCUGGCCGGCUUUAGACAGAGCGAGCGGGGCUUCCGCGAGAAAACCGGGUCUCUGAGGAAGGCUCUGCGAGGCCGCGCUGAGCUUCUUUACCUCAGCGGCCCGCACCCCAUCCCAGAGCCCGCCCCUGCACAUGGACCCUAUUCCCCAGAGGAAGAACCUCGAGGAUGGUGGUUUUCAGAGCCUGAAGCAGCCGUAUUCUCUGCCCUAGAGGAGCCCGCAGAAUGCCGGGGCCUGGAGGAAGCCUUAGGGGUGGUUCAGCAAGCAAUGGCCAAACUCGGGCCCUUGGACGGACUCCUUGGUUUUAGUCAAGGGGCAGCAUUGGCAGCCUUAGUGUGUGCCUUGGGACAGGCCGGUGACUCCCGCUUCCCCCUCCCUCGAUUUGUCAUCUUGAUUUCUGGUUUUCGCCCAAGAGGCCCCAGACUCUCCCCACCUUUCCUGCAGGCGCCCCUGUUGCUACCUUCACUGCAUGUGCUGGGAGAGACUGAUCGGGUCAUCCCUACUCAGGAGAGUCUUGAACUGGCUGGCUGCUUCUCCGGGGCAGUCACUCUCUCCCACCCCGGUGGCCACUUCAUUCCAGCUGCUUCUCCCCAGCGCCAGGUGUAUCUCAAGUUCCUGGACCAGUUUGCAAAGUGACAUUUCUGGAUUCCCUUGAUGCUCUGUCCCUUCAGCAGAGCAUUGAGGAUACUUGAAGCUCUUACCAGCCGCUCUUACCAGCAACCUUCCUUGUCAUGGCUGCAGCUCCUGGCCAUCAUCAACCGAGAGAAAUGUUGGUACCCUGGGGCUCAAGCUAUGCACAUCUUCCAGAAAAGAGCAGCAUGGCGAACUCUCAUCAAGGGAAGGGAGAUUCCACAGAGAAGAGAGCAAAAAGGGGGACACAGGAGGCAGUUUUUACACCAUGAAAUGGGUGGGCUGAUUCACAGAGAAUUUAAGGCAGGUGUAUUGGGCUAAUAGUAGGUAGGAAACAGGGUGGAUUUGGAGAAGUGUUAAAACAUAUGCUGUUAAUUACCAUCCAAUAAAGCAUAUGUUUUGACAUUUGAUGUGUCUUUCCCUAGUAUACACUCAUGUACUAGGUUUUAUGGUGGGAGUCUCAGAUCAACCCCAAAAACCAAAUUAAGUAGCUUUGGCUGAGCACACUUUUGAACAUUGAAGUGCUUGCUUCUUGACAACCACCUCUGUGUGUUGUUCUUUUGACAUUAUUCUCCCUUGGUUCUCUUUGUCCUAUUCUUUGCAAGUGGAUCAUCAAUCACCACAGAGCUUUUUACUCUGUCCUGCAAGUGAUCUCUUUUCAUUAAUGAACAUCUAUAUUGAAAUAAAACUCCUCGAUCUAGCUUUGCCAAACUGCCUAUUAAAUGUUUGAUAGGCAUAUCAAAGUCAGGCAUAAUUGUUAGCUCCAAACUUUCUUUCUAACUUUCCUGUUUGUGUUGCUACCGCCACCUUUGUAGGCCCCUACCUUUGCAGUCUUGGAGUCAUCCUUCCCUCACAUUCCCAUUUGGUUGUAAUCUUGUCUGUUCACUUGUCUGUCCCCAUCUCUCCACUCAAACAUUUACCACUAUAUUUCAAACUCUUUUCAUCUCUUGCCCAAAUUGGAUGCCCUGUCUCUUAUUUUCCCUGCUAUCCCUCCUACACAGUUAUGUCAUAUUCUUAAAGCCCCGGUUGGGCCGUAUUCCUCUCCUGUUUACAUCAGCUCCAAUGACUCCCUGUUAAGACUAUAGGGAUAAAACAUUAAUUUGUUUUAGAAAGCCCUCAAUAAUCUGGCUUCCAGCCUGUCUUUCCAGAUCUACUACUGUACAAUUCUCACUUCCUCUUGCAUGCUAUAUCUUUUCUAAUGAAAUGAGCAGUCAUUCCCCAUAUAUCUUCUAUCCACAUGUCUUUGUAUAGGGUUGUCCUUUGGAUCCAAUCCUGAUGUCUGUUCCUUGUUGGUCCCUAUCUUUAAAGCUUGGUUUCCUACUUUAGAAAUCUCCUUUCCUGACUCCCCCCCCCCACUCUCACUUGCUAAUGUUCUUCCUUUCUGGAAAUGAUUUUGUGUUUGUGUGUAAUAAAUGGAAACUAUCUUGUG